GGUGAAGCGAGGCGCGACGGCGGUUCGCUCAGCCGGCAGCGAGCGGGGCGGCGUCGCGGUGAGGGGAGACACUGCCGCUGCAGGCAACCAAGCAGAUUUCAGGGUCCAAAGAGAAAUGCAGAGGAGCACUUCCAGGCAUACUUUGAAAGAGAACCGUCCUCCACCUUGGGUGGAGUGCUACAAAUCCUUCAGGAGAGCAGACAACUACAAUGCAGUUCACUGAACAACUUCUCAGACCCGACAUUUAUGAAAGAUUACAUGGAGGCCUUCACACUUACCGCAUCAGUAACAUUUUUGACUGGCAUCAUUCAGAAUCUAUUUCAUUGCAUCCUGGCUCUCCCAAAGGCUAAUGCAACCAGCAUACUGCUAUUUUUGCUCAGCGUGGCCACACUACAACUCAGUACAUCUAUCGUGAUAACUUAUAAACAUAUUCCUAUUGCAUUUCCUAUGGAACUUCUCUUGAUUAUCAGAGUCACCAUUAUUUCUAACCGCAUUCAUCUGCAUGCUGAAUCUAGUAGUGCUGUGAUCAGUAUGAUUCCUCAGAGGUUUCUGCCUCCUACACCACCAGAUUUAUCAAACCUGAGCAAGCUCAUACUGCAUGCCUUCUCCCUUGCUAUUGUAAGCUAUUUCCUUCUUGUUUUUGUUGGGGAGAAGUACGCUUCACUUCACAACUACAAUAUUGCCAGCAAUCAGGAGCUAAUAGCUGUGGGGCUAUGCAAUAUUUGCAGCUCAUUUUUCAAAAGCUUUGUUGUCAGCUGUGCUAUUUCUGAAACCAUCAUUCGAGAGAAGACAGGUGGAAGAACACAGGUUAUUUGGCUUGUAACUUUUGCUGCAGUGGUUUGUUUUGGUCUUGAUGUCGGUUUAGUGAUCGCCAUGGGAUUUACCUUCUUCAUAAUCACCGUUAGAUCACACAGAAGGAAGAUGAUGGUGCUGGGACAGAUUCCAAACAUGAAUAUUUAUAGAAGUUUAUCCGUCUACAGAGCCGUAAGGGAGAUUGAAGGUAUCAAAAUCUUCCAAUGUUGUUCUUCCAUCUCUUUCGCAAACAUGAAUCACUUCAAAACCUAUUUGUUACACAAGACGGACAUGAAAGCAGUGCCUCUAGAUGAAAGUGAAGGGAGGGCUGGAGUGGAAAGAAAAGACCUUAAAUGCUCUUGCGUCUGUCAUCCAGUUCUACCACCACCUAGGAUCAGCUUUAAAAGUGGAAGUAGCAAGUCCGAGUCCGGUAUCACAGGCCAUUUUAAAGUGUGGAAGAGUAAGAUACCAUGUAGAGAGAAGCUGGUGAAGCGAUGUCACGCAGACAGCAAUUCCUCUUCAGUUAAUCUGGUACAUUGGUCAAAGUAUGGAGACAAACUCAGCUCUAGGACACUGUUGAUGGGAGCAGCCAAUGCACAGUGUACGUCCCCAGGCUGUAACAGGACACUUAGGACUGAAAAGAACGAGGAUGAAAGGCGAAGAGGCGGCCGUUCACCAGGCUCUGCAACAGAUAAUUCCUCAGUACAGUUACAUCAGGCAGAACAGCCAAGGCAUUUGCCGUGCCCAGUUCACACCAUUAUUUUAGACUUCAGCAUGGUGCAGUUUGUGGAUUUGAUAGGUUCCGAGUUACUGCAACAGAUCAUACAUAUGUUUCACAAUAUUGGCCUUACAGUCCUUAUAGCUGGCUGUCACUUCUCUGUGAUAGCAGACUUUGAGAAGAGUGAUUUCUUUGACAGCUGCAUCACCAAAGAAAGGUUCUUUCUAACCCUUCAUGAUGCUGUGCUGGCUGCUUUGGACAAGCAUCAAAAGCCAGAUGAGCUAGGACCUACUGCAAAAGAGUUUGCUCAAGAAGCACUAGCUGAACAGCAGAAGGAACAAAGUUUGCUCUUAAAGAAUAAAGCUUUUUUCUUUGCAAAGAACUCUGACAACAAACUUCUGCUUGAAGAGCCAGUAUCAGAUAUCUCAUGUUCAGCCCAGAAUAAAGCAGAGCCAAGCUCUCUCCAGCAGUAUGAUACUCCACCCCUUCAAUCGGAUUUCCAGGACCCAGGCUGGGGGAAGACAUGGAAGUAUACAAGGAAUCCCUGAACUGCAACUGUUGGGGAACUGGGAUUUCAGUAGAGAGGAGAAAGGUACAGUUAAGCAACAGUUCUAGCAAUUCUUAAUCAGCCUUUGAUCCUCUUUUUAUUUUUUCUGUUCCAGAGUUCUUAAAAUAGCCUGACUAAUGCCUCCAGUAAUUCUGUUGUUCUAAACAAAAAGCAACAUUUAUGUUACUGCUUUCAAUUCAAACAGAUAUGCUACCCAGCAAUGCCAAAAGCAGGGAAAUUUCAAUGUGUAAUUCCUAGGUUUGUAGCUAAUUCUAGCAAAUUAUUUGCGCUUGUUUUCUGAAAUUCUGUAGAAGUUGAAAUGUCCUAAAUUAGCACUUCUUAUUUAUUUAUUGCUUGCUAGUAAGUAAAAUCAAUCUGCCAUAUUUCAAGAGAUUGCAUGCAGGCAGUUUCAUUAUUUUUAGAUGUAUUUAGAAUGAUGUGAAGCUUCAAAGAAAAAUUUUAUUAUUAUUCUUCAACACUGUGCUGAAGUUGAUAUUAUCUGCACUAACAUAACAUGGUGUCCGUCCACUAUUUCUUCCUCAGUCCCCUUCUAAUCCACCAGAACUAAAUUGCAGUAAACAAUAGAAUAUUUUUUUCUUGGUUUUAUAGUCCUUUAUUGAAGUAGUGAAGAGUGGAGGAAAGUAAUCACUUCGUUCUGAAAAGGCAGGAGAAUUGUAGUCUUAGAUACAGUUAGCACUUGAGGGGAAAAAAAUCAGCUUAGUUAUAUUUUCUGUAGAUCAGCCAUAGAGUUCGAUGCAGUAAUACCAGGACAGAGGUGUGAGCUGGGUUUCCACUGAAAGCAGAAGCAUUUCACUAUAGCAGCAAUGCACAUUACAAGGCUUCACCGUGACCUCGUCUGGGGGACGAUCCUGUAGCACAAAUUCCCUAGUGUGAAGAGCUGCAGGUGAAUUGACUUCAGAUGAGUGGCCAGCACUGUGUGUACAUGCACCAUUCCGACCAUGUUUUGGGGCAAAGCCUGGAUGUGAAUGGUGGAUCCUUUGUGCACGGAUCCUGUGCUCUGGGCUAAAUUCGUUAACGUGGAGAGCUCUAACUUUUGCUGCUGGGCAUUGUGUGGUUUCUGAAUGUGCAGUAACAGCAAGGUGGCUCCUCUGAAUUCUGCUGCUCCUGGCUGCUAAAUUUAAGCAAUGAUAAGAUGGCUAAUAGGAAUAUUAAUAUUAAACUAUCUGUAAUGUAUUCCAGUGAGUUCCUCUAAGGUUUUUUUUCAACUUUUCCAUUUAAAUUCAUAUUGCUUCCAAGCAGUUUCUAGAGGGAAGCCACAGUACCACGUCUGUAAACUGCAAUGGUAAAGGAUUUUAGUGAACAUUACUGUGUGGAGUUGCUUACUGUAGAGGAAACUGAGUCCUGGAACCCUCAUACCUUUUGGAUUGGAAGACAGGAAAAACUGAAAGCUGAAAUGGUAUUGAGUAAUUCUCAAACCACAUAUGCUUCCCUACAUUGUUUUGGACAGUGGCUUCACGCCAAGCUCCUCUCAGCUCUGUUCAAAACAGUAAUACAAAACCCAUGAAAAGCAUAGCCCUGAUUUCCAGGUUCUGUUGGCUCUCCUACAGCAGCCUUGAUUUAAGACGAAAUGGCAUUCCUAGCUGUUGGCACCAUCGAAAGUCUCCAUUGCAAACUUAAAAAGUUUUGGUUUUUUCUUUUUGCUUGUUCAGCCAAGUUCCAAAUCUUUCCUUCCUACCCCCACGACUCUGCAAAGUUGAGCACCAGGGGACAACUCAGACGUCAGUAUGUUAGCAUUCAAAUUAUGGGUAUUCAUGUUGCAAAACAAAUAUCUCACUGAGAGGAAGUCCAGAAAAUCCUGAUCUUUUUCCCUCACAGCUGUGCGGUACCGUAACUCUGCUCCCGCAUAAGUACACAAGGCUUCUGUGUUUAGCCGAGCGCAAACCCCUGGACACAAGCUGUGAAGUGACAAAGCACGUACUUUAUGGCCAAGGACUCCACCUAUACCUCUAAAAAACCACAGAAGUCACAGAGUUCAAAGGCCUGCCUGUAAUCAUGGGGUUGUAGGCAGCUUGACGUUCUCACCUGACCUAGUUGCAACAACUACAGUUGUUUUGUGCACACAGCAACUUUUUAAUGUCCUUCCUGGCUACUGUGAUGGCACAGGGUUUUCCUAGCAAGGCACGCAUGCUGCAGAAGCCCAGGCAGCUCUCCCACUGCAUUAAGAGGACAAAGAUGCCCAAACAUACAUUAUCAUUGCAGACGGUACAAAUUUGUCUUAUUAACGUACUUGCCUGGUGCAGAAAUGGGUGCAGAAGAUAUAAAGCAGCUGAGGAACCUCGGGAGUCACACAGAGCGUGGCAGCAGCACUUCUUGGGGCCACGCUCUGCGGUGUGUCACCCUAUGCAGGAAGCUGGGAGGAAGGACCAGAUAAACCAGUUAGGUGUGGGCAUCAUCGUUUGGGGGCAUUUAUUCUGCUUUAAAAAAAAGCCAUUAGUGGCAGGCUGGUUGUGGAGAGGUGAGUGUAUCACAAACCUCGGGAGAGCCAACUGCACGAGUCAUUUUUUACAAAUACAGGACGACAGACAGGCUACCUAGGAACAGAUUUCAGUAGCUUCUGUGUGUUUAUUUUUUGACAGCUUUGAGGUAAGAAGUGGCUGUGUGACGCUAGCAGGGGGGUCUCCAUCGUGCUUGAGGUCUUUCAGCUCAGCAGUACCUUGAAUGCAGUAGUCAUGCAAAGGCUGAAAUUUGCGUUAUCAUCACAAAAUCUUGCUAGUUUCUCACGCAGAACUCUGCAAAACAGAUGUACUAAUCAUCUCGUCCUUGUAGUAACAGAGCAACAACUGCAAAUUCUGAAAAGGAUUUUUCUGUCUUCCAAAAUUACACACAUACAGACCUGUGUUUCCAUGAAAGUAUUUCUAAGCUGAGCCAACGGGCCCUGCGUGUGGGCACGUUUUAAUAUUCCACGUCCUAGAAAUUAGCAGCAGAGCGACACGCUCACGCCACGGCGGCGGCUGCCAGCUGCAACUCCCUCUGCCGGUAUCCCGGCAGGAACGGGGGUGAGAAGCCCUGAUGGAAACCCGGUGGAAUAUAUAAUGUGCUUGUAACGGAGCUGUGAGGUUUGGGAAGUAAAAAAAUUAGUAUUAAGCAAAAGUGCAGAGAGGAACAGAACUUGUAAAAGUUCUAAGGUGAAUAUCUAUAACCACCUUAAAACGCGGGAGUUUGUUCCGUGCUUACAGCAAAAUGCCUGAAUGGCCCAAUAGCUAAAGAGUUUAAUAUUUUUUUUCAUGGUAAUUAUUAAAUAAUAUUAAGAAUCUUUGAUUCUAAUAGGGAUUUCGCUCCACUAAAGGCACAGAAUUUAUGUGCGUUUGUUCCAUGCUUACAGCAAAAUGCCUGAAUGGCUCAACAGCUGUAAAGUUUUCAUUAUUUUUUUGAUGGAAAUUAUUAAAUAAUUUGAGAAUCUGUGAUUCUAACGGGGAUUUCGCUCCGCUGAAGGCACACAAUUUAUGGGUAGUUGUUCAGUGCUUACAGCAAAAUGCCCGAAUGGCCCAAUAGCUGAAAAUUUUAUUUUUUUUUAAUGGUAAUUACUAAGUAAUUUAAGAAUGUUUGAUGGGGAUUUCACUCGGCUGAAGGCACGUGACUUUAAGAUAUAUUUGGUCACUGCUUAUAGCAAAAUGCCUGAAUGACCCAAUAGCUGAAAAGUUGGGGUUUUUUUCAUGGUAAUUAUUAAAUAAUUUGAGAAUCUGUAAUUCUAACGGGGAUUUCACUCCACUGAAGGAACACGAUUUAUGGGUAUUUGUUCAGUGCUUACUGUGAAAUGCCUGAACGGCCCAGUAGCUGAAAAAUUUAAAAUUUUUUAAUGGUAAUUAUUAAUUGAGAAUCUGUGAUUCUAACGGGGGUUUUACUCUGCUAGAGGCAAGUGAUUUACAGGUAUUUUGUUCAGUGCUUCAGAGCUGGUACCUGAAUGACCCAACAGCUGAAAAGUUUAAUUCUUUUUCAUGGUAAUUAUUAAAUAAGUAAUUUAAGAAUCUGUGAUUCUGACGGGGAUUUCGCUCCACUGAAGGCACACGGUUCAUGGGUAGUUGUUCAGUGCUUACAGCAAAAUGCCUGAAUGGCCCAGCAGCAGAAAAUUUUCAUUUUUUUAAUGGUAAUUAUUAAAUAAUUUAAGAAUGUUUGACUCUGAUGGAGAUUUCACUCAGCUGAAGGCACGUGAUUUUAAGAUACUUGUUCAGUGCUUACAGCAAAAUGCCUGAAUGACCCAAUAGCUGGAAAGUUGUUUUUUUUUUUUCAUGGUAAUUAUUAAAUAAUUUGAGAAUCUGUAACUAAUGGGGAUUUCACUCCACUGAAGGCACACGAUUUAUGGGUAUUUGUUCAGUGCUUACAGCGACAUGGUCGAAUGGCCUAAUAGCAGAAAAGUUUAAUUUUUAAAAUGUUAAUUAUUAAAUAAUUUAAGAAUAUUUGAUUCUGAUGGGGAUUUCACUCUACUGAAGGCUCAUGAUUUACAGGUAUUUGUUCAGUGCUCCACAGCCAGAUACCUGAAUGACCCAACAGCUGAAAAGUUUAAUUCCUUUUCAUGAUAAUUAUUGAAUAAAUAAUUUAAGAGUCUGUGAUUCUGCA